AACAUUAAUGAGGCAGCCACCUGGCGAGUCUGACAUGGCUGUCAGCGACGCACUGCUCCCGUCCUUCUCCACGUUCGCGUCCGGCCCGGCGGGAAGGGAGAAGACACUGCGUCCAGCAGGUGCCCCGAAUAACGUGAGUGUUGCUCCGGGCCUUUGGGAUCCUCCGGUGGACUUCUGUGGCUGGGGUGGGGACGGGCGGAGCCCUGGGGUCACCGAGAACCACCGGACGACGGGGAGGAGUGGCCACCGCACGGGCUCCGCAGCCUUCCCGGGAUGGCUUCCGCGCCCUUGUCUCAGCUGUACAUGCGUGUGGUCCGGACGCUGUGGAGCCGCCGGGGGUGCACACCGGGUCCGCACAUAUCCCGGAGCGUGCAAGCGGCAGGGCGGGAGGUGUCUGUGUACCCAGACGCUGGCUGGGCCAGAGUGAGCUUGGCGCGUAGGCGUCCCCUUGGCGAGGGCGCACCGAGAGAGCCUCGGUGUCCCAAUUCCGGGGCGGCGGGAGCGUCCCCAGGAUCUGGCGGGGGAGGGACCCAGGCUGGCGAGCCGCGGCGCUGGCUAACACGCAAUCGGGCAGACACAACAUAACAUCCUCCAUAUCGACGCACCGCCUCUUCUCGGACCCGGGUGUGGGCCAUGACUGCAGCGCUGGCACCCGUAGUCCCCGGGCGCUUCCUGCCUGCCCGGUCCCCGUGUCUAGGCGGUGUAGGCGCGGCGGGCCCACCACUACACUGGAUGGCAGUUAGGGACAGCACUGACGGUCUCUCUCGCGUCCUGUUCCCGCAGCGCUGGCGGGAGGAGCUCUCCCACAUGAAGCGACUUCCCCCGGUGCUUCCCGGCCGCCCCUACGACCUGGCGGCGGCGACCGUGGCCACCGACCUGGAGAGUGGCGGAGUCGGCGCGGCUUGCGGCAGCAGCAACCCGGCUCUCUUACCCCGGAGGGAGACGGAGGAGUUCAAUGAUCUCCUGGACCUGGACUUUAUCCUCUCCAACUCGCUGUCCCAUCAGGAGUCAGUGGCCGCCACCGUGUCCUCGUCGGCAUCAGCCUCAUCCUCGUCCUCCCCGUCGAGCAGCGGUCCUGCCAGUGCGCCCUCCACCUGCAGUUUCAGCUAUCCAAUCCGGGCCGGGGGCGACCCGGGCGUGGCGCCGGGCAGCACGGGCGGCGGCCUCCUCUACGGCCGGGAGUCUGCACCCCCUCCGACAGCGCCCUUCAACCUGGCGGACAUCAACGACGUGAGCCCCUCCGGCGGCUUCGUGGCCGAGCUCCUGCGGCCCGAAUUGGACCCAGUGUACAUUCCACCACAGCAGCCGCAGCCGCCAGGUGGCGGGCUGAUGGGCAAGUUUGUGUUGAAGGCGUCGCUGAGUGCCCCUGGCAGCGAGUACGGCAGCCCGUCGGUCAUCAGUGUUAGCAAAGGCAGCCCGGACGGCAGCCACCCGGUGGUGGUGGCGCCCUACAGCGGCGGGCCGCCGCGCAUGUGCCCCAAGAUCAAGCAAGAGGCUGUCUCUUCGUGUACCGUCGGUCGGUCCCUAGAUGCCCACUUAGGCACUGGACCCCCUCUCAGCAAUGGCCACCGGCCUCCUGCGCACGACUUUCCCUUGGGGCGGCAGCUCCCCAGCAGGACUACCCCGACCCUGGGUGCCGAGGAACUGCUGAGCAGCAGGGACUGUCAUCCUGCCCUGCCGCUACCACCGGGCUUCCAUCCCCACCCGGGGCCCAACUACCCUCCCUUCCUGCCCGACCAGCUGCAGCCGCAGGUCCCACCGCUCCAUUACCAAGGUCAGUUCCAGGGAUUCAUAGUUGGGGCUGGGGAGCCCCGCCCCGGCGGGGCACACGGGAUGACGCUGACCCCACCUUCUUCACCCCUAGAGCUCAUGCCACCCGGUUCCUGCAUGCCGGAGGAGCCCAAGCCAAAGAGGGGGAGAAGGUCGUGGCCCCGGAAAAGGACGGCCACUCACACAUGUGAUUACGCAGGCUGCGGCAAAACUUACACGAAGAGUUCUCAUCUCAAGGCACACCUGCGAACCCACACAGGUAGGAGGCCAGAAGCCGCGGAAAGGAGGGGGGCUGGUGUCCAGCCUCACCGGCUGACUGCGGACACUCCUCGGGGCCUCCCUUGGGAUGUGGGGCGCAGUCUAUCUCCUCCAUCUCCUGGACCACAGGAGAGAAAGCAAACCGGCGCCUACUAUUGCUCAGGAGCCUUUUGCUGGGCGGAUGGUAUCAGUGCAUGAAAAUGCAGUUUUGUUAGGCCUUUGAAAGGCAGGGAGAUUCCAGGCUGCAUGUGGGCCUCUUCUAGCUUGAGCAAACCAUUGCCCUUGUAAUCAAGAAAUUAUACUUGGCAAAAAAAAAAAGAAAGAAAAAAGAAAAAGAAAAGAAAUUAUACUUUGCAGCGCAAAAGCAUGGUAUUUUCUUAAAUCAGUUUUUUGUUUUCUAGGCUAUUUUUAUUGCUUUUUUUCCUUUCCCAGUCUCACCCCUCCCCCUUUCUAGUCGUAACAAUUAGGUUUUAUUUAAAUCCCAAGGACUUAAUGGUUAGGCUUGCGGAGAUUCUGGUUUAAGAUUGUCACCGCAGAGAAUUUGUUUGUGGAUGUAAGUAGGUAUAUAAGGUCACUAAGGCACAGCAGUCAUGAAUAAUGUUGGUACAGGAAAAGUAGCCUCCUGUCACUUUCUAGAACCAGUUCUGGUGGGAUAGGAUAUUACUGAUUUGGACCAGGAAGAGGCACUAGCGGCCAUAGUUUCUAAAUUCACUUCCUCCACAGCGAUAUCUUAGCUCAAAAGAAUGAAAACGUUAGUCCAACAGAAGUAUAGGUUUAAGUGGUCUUUGUUCUCUGUGAUAAGCUAUCUAACUUCCCCUAAAAAAAAAAAAAAAGAGCAAAAAAUUCCUAUAUUCCUGCUUUACGAUCUAAAAUUUAAUCUGGCCUUAAGAGGUAUAAAGACCCUGGAUCCUUUCGGAAUGGGGUGCUUGGGGAGUUGGUUGAAUGUCUGGCCUCUAUGGCCAGUUCUUAAUUCUUUCACAAUCGCUUCCAGUGGCUUUAUUUUCCUUUUCCAGGUGAGAAACCUUACCACUGUGACUGGGACGGCUGUGGGUGGAAGUUCGCCCGCUCAGAUGAACUCACCAGGCACUACCGCAAACACACCGGGCACCGCCCCUUCCAGUGCCAGAAGUGUGACCGGGCAUUUUCGAGGUCGGAC